CGAAUUAAAACGAUCGUUGGUUUUCCUCAGGUCGGCAACAUAUUCUUCGUGGACACCUUUCUGGGCGGCGCUUUCCUCACGUACGGCACGGACGUGCUGAAGUUCAGCAACAUGAAUCAAGACGACCGUACCGACCCGAUGAUCGCGGUGUUCCCGCGCGUAACCAAGUGUACCUUCCACAAAUUUGGUGGCUCCGGUACAAUCCAGACGAUCGACGCGCUGUGCAUACUCGCGCUCAAUAUCCUCAACGAGAAGAUUUACAUCUUCCUGUGGUUCUGGUUCAUCAUACUGGCGGUCUUCUCCGGCCUGGCGGUGCUGUACAGCAUGGCCAUAGUGCUGAUGCCCAGCACGCGCGAAACGAUUCUCAAGAAGCGCUUCAAGUUUGGCACAUCAGCCACGGUCAGCACGCUCAUUCGAAAGACGCAGGUGGGAUUUCUUCUUCUUUUUUUUUCUUCGACUAGUCGACGAUCGAUAAUU